AUGUUCCCUGUACUGAUUGGUGGUUUGGUUCCAGAAGGUGAUAAGAACUGGGAGAACCUGUUAAAUCUGCUGCAUAUCGAAGAAAUUCUGUUUGCUCCUGUAACAAGUGUACUGCUUGCUGCGUAUCUUGCAAUCUUGAGAAUUUUAAAGAGCUAUAUUCUCGAAAAAUCAUUCCCAAACAACAUUACAUGGUUCAUUAUCCUAAACAAAUUGUCAG